AUGUCUGCUUCCACCCAGGAAGAAGAGGAGCUGCCUGCCAAUCACACAGGUCCCAAAGGUGUAAUUAAUGACUGGCGAAGGUUUAAGUUGGACAGUGUGGAUCAGACUGUCCCUCAGAAUAAGAGAGAGCUGCUCAGACAAAUGUCCAGUCCUCGAGAGGACGACAGGGAGAGACUCAACAGAAAGAUGAGUGCUCAGGAGUACGAACUGAUCCAAGAGGAGGAUGAACGUUGCCUGAAACGCUACAGAAAACAGUGUAUGCAGGAAAUGCACGAGCGCCUGAGCUUUGGUCCCACAUUUGAAUCAGUCUAUGAGCUUGAAAGCGGAGAAGCCUUCCUGGAAGUGAUAGAGAAGGAACAUCGUAUGACCCUAGUGGUGGUCCACAUCUACCAGCAUGGUGUCAAAGGUUGCGAGCAGUUGAACUCAUGUCUGGACUGCCUGGCUUUGGAGUACACCAAUGUCAAAUUUUGUCGUAUUGAUGCCGUGGCAACAGGCGCUGCUGAACGCUUCUCUGCUGAGGUUCUUCCUGCCCUGCUGGUGUACAAGGCCGGGGAGUUGCUGGGUAAUUUCCUGUCUGUUACCAAACACCUCAAUGAGGAUUUCUUUGCAACAGAUGUGGAGGCGUUUCUCAACGAAUAUGGCCUCUUACCUGAAAAGGAGUUCACAGCAUGUGCUGAUGAUGAGGAAGAGGGAGGGGAUGUGGAAUAA